AUGGCCAAUCGCAGUUAUUCACGGCAGCCAUUGACACCACUCAGCUUUUCCAGUGGCUCAAGGAGUGUGUCGCCUAGAACACCAGGCGCCCGCCCAAGUAUCGGCAGGGCCGAAGACUACUUUGCGCCGAGUAUCGCCAACGAAGAUCAGAACCCUUCUCAGGUGAGGAGAUCUGGAGGAUAUGGCGGCUUCGGUGAUCCGGACUUGUAUCCUGGGUACACGCCAGCGAGCCCGCAGAAGAAAGCACCCAGUCUGCUGACACGCAUGGACGACAUCGCCCCGGGUCCAUUUGGCAGUGGUCAAUCAGCAUCGCCUCCUAGAGGCAGAUUUGGAGGGUCCCCACCGCGUCGGUCAAAUGAUGAGGCUGAGCGGCCCGGCACUUCGGCAUCAUCUGGCAGCAAUGGAGCCGGGAGUAUGGGUCCCCCCAGAGUCCCAAGGAAGAACGGGUACGGUGGUUUCGGGCCGCCCCAAAGAGAAAACCAGGAUGUGGAUGCGUUCGGUGGCCCUAAUCGUUCCAAGACGUUUCCCAGACCGAGCGAGGAACUCGAGCCGCCACUGCGCACACCCUCCGCGCCUGGUCCGCGGCCUGACCGCUACGACAAGUACCGGAACCCAUCGACGGAUCUGAAUGUGCGCCUGGGUCCCGUCACAACCCGUGCACCUCCUCCGAGGACGAGCCUCGUGCGCGCGCCCACCUCUGGAGGUAACGCUCCUAGCAUCAAUCUUGCUGAAGAGUUUGGAGACAUGAACCCGUAUCACUCACCUUCGGUGUCCGUGUCAUCUUCGCUGUCACAGGGCUCCAGUCAGCCCAGCUACCCAAGCUCGAGCACGAGCCCUGCUCGCUCUACGGCAUCGGGCCGCAAGCCAUCUAACACAUCUGGCUUCGAUCACCUGAUGAACGACAUACAGGCGUCCAUGGAUGAGCUGAGCCCGAGAGACUUGGAUAGCCGGAGGCAGGCGCCGAUGAGUGAAGAGCGAUUUGACCCUGCCAUACAAGGAGGACGGGCCCCCUCCAUGCCUUCCUCUGGUUGGGACCAAGGAGCGCGGUCCGACCCAGCAAUCCAGGGAGGAAUUCGAUCCGGAUCCUCGCCUCUUCCACUCACUCAGGCUCGAGCGCCUCCACCACGGCGCGACCCGGCUGCUCGUGGGUCGCGUGGAAACUGCAGGGCAUGUGGUGAUGCCAUCGUGGGCAAGUCCAUCUCCAGCGCUGACGGACGACUGUCUGGCCGUUACCACAAGGCUUGCUUCGUAUGUACAGACUGCGGUGAGAAUUUCCCGACGGCGGAAUUCUACGUGCAUGAUGAUCGGCCUUACUGCAAGCACCACUACCACAAGGCCAAUGGCAGUGUUUGUGGAUCAUGCCGGGACGGCAUCGAAGGACAGUAUCUCGAAGACGAAAGCAUGAAGAAGUACCACGUCCAGUGUUUCCGCUGUGGAGACUGUGGUGUCGUGCUCAGAGACGGCUACUUUGACGUCGGCGGCAGGGCAUAUUCGGACCACCUUACCGACCCGGCAUGCCGAUGGGCAAUGGCAGACUAG